GUACUAUCUAACAUGAAUUUAGCUGAUUAACCAUUUUCCAUAAUCAGCAACCAUCGUGUCCUAAACAAACUGUCACACUCUCCCCUCUCUCUCUCUUCUCUUCUAUGUUAUGUUUCUACUUUCAAUGCACCGAGUCCCUCGUCAUUCUCACUAGUAGCCAGACAAAACCCAAAACCACACGCAAUAACAAAAAAACAACAUGCGGUGUUGCAUUCCGACGUUGUUGGUCGUAACCACCGUACUAUUGUCGGCGGUGCACGGAGUUUUCCUCCCUCUGGAGCGGAGCAUUCCUCCGACGGGCCACCGCGUGGAGGUGGCGGCGCUGAAAGCCCGCGACAGGGCCCGCCACGCCCGCAUGUUGCGCGGCGUCGCCGGCGGCGUCGUCGACUUCUCCGUCCAAGGCACCUCCGAUCCAAACUCCGUUGGAUUGUAUUAUACGAAAGUGAAGAUGGGAACUCCUCCUAAGGAGUUUAACGUUCAGAUUGAUACGGGAAGUGACAUAUUGUGGGUGAAUUGCAAUACUUGCAGUAAUUGCCCUCAGUCUAGUCAACUAGGGAUUGAGCUUAAUUUCUUUGACACGGUUGGCUCAUCCACAGCAGCAUUGAUUCCCUGCUCGGACCCAAUAUGCACUUCCAGGGUCCAGGGUGCUGCUGCUGAAUGCUCUCCGAGGGUUAAUCAGUGCAGCUACACCUUUCAGUAUGGAGAUGGGAGUGGGACAUCGGGUUAUUAUGUUUCGGAUGCAAUGUAUUUUAACUUGAUCAUGGGACAGCCUCCGGCAGUAAACUCUUCGGCUACCAUUGUUUUUGGGUGUAGCAUCAGUCAGUCUGGAGAUUUGACUAAGACAGAUAAAGCAGUUGAUGGGAUUUUUGGAUUUGGCCCUGGUCCUCUAUCUGUUGUAUCACAAUUGUCAUCUCGAGGAAUAACACCCAAAGUUUUCUCUCAUUGCUUAAAGGGAGAUGGCGAUGGAGGAGGUGUUCUAGUUCUUGGUGAGAUUUUGGAGCCAAGUAUUGUUUAUAGUCCUCUUGUACCAUCACAGCCUCAUUACAACUUGAAUCUUCAGAGUAUUGCUGUCAAUGGACAACUUCUCCCAAUUAAUCCAGCUGUAUUUUCUAUAUCUAACAACCGAGGAGGGACUAUAGUUGACUGUGGUACAACAUUGGCAUAUCUUAUUCAAGAAGCUUAUGAUCCUCUUGUCACUGCUAUAAAUACUGCCGUGUCACAAUCUGCCAGGCAAACAAAUUCAAAAGGAAACCAGUGUUAUCUGGUCCCAACCAGUAUAGGUGACAUUUUUCCUUCGGUAAGUUUAAACUUUGAGGGUGGAGCAUCAAUGGUUUUAAAACCAGAGCAGUACCUUAUGCAUAACGGUUACCUUGAUGGUGCUGAAAUGUGGUGCAUCGGUUUCCAGAAAUUUCAGGAGGGAGCCUCAAUUUUAGGAGAUCUUGUCCUAAAAGAUAAGAUAGUUGUGUAUGACAUAGCUCAACAACGAAUUGGAUGGGCUAACUAUGACUGUUCUUUGUCUGUAAAUGUUUCGGUGACUACAAGUAAGGACGAGUACAUCAAUGCAGGGCAGCUUCAUGUCAGCAGCUCCGAAAUACACAUUCUUUCUAAGUUACUACCUGUAAGCUUUGUGGCUCUCUCUAUGUACAUAAUGUUGGUAUGAAAAUUUUUAUGUGAAGUGUUGGGAAUCAAAGUCAUCAGUCAAGAUAAUGUAAAAAUAAGUUUUCAACAUUAAUCAUGGGAAGAAAGAUCAAGUGAGAAGACAAAGAUUUAUGUUCCAAGUAGCUUGGAAGAAAUGCAGAUUUGGAUAGAAGCUUUGACAAUUGGAGAUUUCGAUGAAAGGUUGAGAAGGGAAAAUUUUGACAAAAUUCUGAUAAGUGGAAAUUUCGAUGGAAGUUCAAAGAAUGAUUAGUUGAAAUAUCAUGAUUGUAAGUACCCAAUUUUUGACUGGGUAAAAAGGGGAUGAUAAACAAAAGUUGAUUAAAAAAACUAGUUAUUAUUAAAAUUUCUGAAGUUUGAAUAAUUUGUUUAUAUUAUGAACCUUUAUUUUUGUUUGACAACUUAUAUUCAAAAUGAACCUCAAGUGUA